UUUGACAGAUCCGAUAUUUACACGUCAUAAGAAGUUGCAACUUUUUAUGUUAUUUGUAUUGAACUGCCGAUAAAUUAAUUUCCUUUUUAUAAAAUUAAAUUUCUAUAAAACUAAAAGAUACCAUGGCUCGUCCCGCAAACGCAGAAGUUGACGAACUGUUCGAAGUUAAAACAUAUUACUACAUUGGAGCUUAUCAACAAUGUUUGAAUGAAAUCAACAAACUUUCGAGGCUCUCAUCCAUCGAAAAGGAUUGUUUCAUGUGGAGAGCAUACAUAGCUCAAAAUAAGCAUCGUGUGGUAUUGGAUGGUAUUAAGUUAAAUGAAAUCGAUGCAGAUAAUGUACUUCAAGCGGUCCGUCGUGUUGCCGAAUAUUUCUCCAAUCCGGGUAAACGCAACGACAUCGUGAAGUAUUUUGACGAAAAGUUUUCGCAAAAUUUCGACGAUGACAAUCGUCCAAUGUGGUGCGUUGCUGCUGGAACGGUUUACUAUAACGAAGGACUCUAUGAAAAUGCUUUGAAAGCACUUCAUGGUCAAUUCGACUUGGAAUGUUUGGCACUGACACUCCAGUGCUUAUUGAAAAUGAAUCGCACAGACUUGGCCAAGAAAGUGUUGGCUAAAAUGCAGGAAAAAGACGAUGACGCCACAUUAACGCAACUAGCUACUGCUUGGCUGAACAUUCAGAUUGGCGGCGAAAAGCUGCAAGAUGCAUACUACAUAUUCCAGGACUUUUGCGACAAAUUUGUCCCAACCAAUAUGCUGUUGAACGGUCAAGCUGUUUGCUAUAUUGGCCAGGAAAAGUAUGAGGAAGCUGAACAGGCAUUGCGAGAAAGUCUGGAUAAAGAUCCGAAUAACUAUGACACUCUGAUCAAUCUCAUUGUGCUAUCACAACAAACGGAGAAAAAUCAAGAUGUCAUUGAACGCUAUCUAUCCCAAAUCAAGGACUCCCAUCGAAACAGUUGUCUGGUUUUGGAAAUGGAAAAGAAAGAACAAGAAUUCGAUCGUUUAUGCAUGAAGUACGAACCGUCUGUUACGACAAAGCCUGAAGUGGAUGUAUUGUAAAUAUUCCUUGGACUUUUGUUCCCAUAUUCUAAUUGAGAUAAUAAAAUGUUAACCUCGAUCGGAAGGACUUGUAUUA